AUGGGGCGAAGUGGUAAAAGUGCGGCGAAUUUAAAUCUGCUACGAAGGAAAGGUCGAACCCAAUUAACGGAUAAAUUAGCCAAGACCACUAGCGAAUUUUGUGACAUCAAUGGUGCGGGAAAACGUAGCGCUGAGCCACCAAAAUCAGUUCACCGUUUAAGACCGGGAGAUAUUGAUAUUGUUGCUGCUAUGGGUGAUUCUUUGACCGCCGGAAAUGGUAUAUUGGGUACAAAUCUGCUGCAUUUGGUCCAUGAAAAUCGUGGAGCUUCAUGGUCAAUUGGUGGUCAAGGCACGUGGCGGGAAUAUUUGACAUUGCCAAAUUUACUCAAAGAAUAUAAUCCGAAGUUGUAUGGUUAUGCCCUAGGGGAUGCCAUUACCGCCGAGAGGGAUUCAAGAUUCAACGUGGCCGAAUUGGGCGCCAUGUCCCGUGAUAUGCCCUAUAUGGCCAAGGUCUUGGUAAAACGCCUACUCAACGAUCCCGAUGUCAAUAUGACACAUCAUUGGAAAUUGCUUACCCUAAUGGUGGGUAAUAACGAUUAUUGUUCGGAGGUCUGCUACAUGCCGGAUCCCAUGAAAGCCAUUGAUGAUCAUGAGAGGAAUAUGUUGAAAACCUACCGUUAUUUACGUGAUAAUGUACCGCGAUUAAUGUUAAAUGUUGCUCCAGCGCCGAAUCUUUUACUUUUGACAAAACAAAAACAAAUACCCGCACAAUGUCAAAUAAUGUUGACGUUUGAGUGCCCCUGUAUAUUUGGAAAAUCGGCAAAAUAUCAACGAUUUAUGGGUAUAUUUAUGGACAAAUGGGCUCAAAGGGAUAUUGAAGUGGCGCGGAGAGAGGAAUUUAAUACAGAGACCUUCACCAUCAAUAUUGAACAUUAUACAAAUCAAUAUAGGUUGCCAACCUUGGCGAACGGCAAUGCUGAUACCACCUAUACGUCAGAGGAUUGUUUUCACAUCAGCCAAAAGGCCCAGGCGGCAAGUGCCCAUUCAUAUUGGAAUAAUCUCUUUGAAAUGCCCGAAGAAAAGCGUACAUUUCGUAAGAAUAUUUAUGAGAAUUUUCUAUGCCCGACGGAAGAGCAUCCCUAUAUAAUAACACGGGUUAAUAGUCGUAAUGAUUUUAAGAUUUAA